CUACGUGUGCGCCAUGAAGUUUAUCGGAUUUCGAUAUGUGUUGGCAGUUUUCAUGAAUACGGUAACAUUGUAAAAAAGCAGCGAAGAUGUGUGGAAGUCGAGUGUAGUGAUGUUUUUGGCGCAGUGACGGACAAUUUUGACAUGCAACUAAUGCGAAAAACCAUAUUUAAAUAAGUAAUAUCAACUAAAACUGGACGAAUUUAAAGUUCGUGUAUGAGAUAAUGGCGAGAGAAGACGUAUCUGUGACUAAAAAGCAGAGUUCCAACGCAGAUAGCAAUAAGUUAAAAGUUAACGGAGCUACCGAAUCAUGUGAUAAAGCAGUUAGUUUAUUGGAUGACAAACCAAAUGUAGACAGUAACGACUAUGACUUGGUGCCGCCGGAUGGAGGAUGGGGCUGGUUGGUAUUACUUGGUGCGAUGAUGGUGAACAUCCUUAUACCGGGCAUGAUUAAAAGUUUUGGUGUAUUAUUCGUUGAAUUUUUGGAAGCUUUCGAUGCAUCACCAGCGACAGGAGCGUGGAUACCGGCGCUUUGUUACUUCCUGUAUAGUUCUUUAGGUCCCGUAUCCAGUAUAUUGUCUGUUAAAUAUUCAUACCGAACAGUUACAAUAAUGGGUGGUGCUUCAGCGGCGUUUGGUAUGAUCAUGUCAUUUUGGGCAUCAUCUGUAGCAUACUUGUACUUAAGUUAUGGAGUUCUAGUGGGGAUUGGUGCCGGCCUAUCAUUCCCUCCGACCGUGUAUAUAGUGACGUCAUACUUUGUUAGACUACGUGGCCUAGCCAAUGGACUCUGUAUAUCGGGGAGUGCACUUGGAUCGAUUAUUUUACCGCCAGUAUUGCGUUGGCUUCUCGAAACUUAUGGAUACAGAGGUGCCGUUCUGAUAAUGGGUGGCUUAACAUUGAACGUUUUCGUUGCUGCAAUCUUCUAUGAACCAGUUGAACAACAUAUGAUUCGUGUUCCUAAAAACGAGAAUGCGCUUGAUGAUAUUGACGAGGAAGAUAUCGGAAUUGUUAUGAAGUUCGAAACUGUAGACGAAGCUGGCUCAAUAAAUAACGAUGUGGUGUCGCAUGAUGGUUGCAGUGAUGUAGUCACAAAACCCUUUCCAUCAUAUAGUCCGCCUGCACUUUUACCGGAUAAUCAAUUUGUACGUAGUGCUUCAGCGGCGGUCGUACAAAAUUGCAGCAAACAUCAGGACGAAUACGCACCAAACUCACGCACACGCAAAAUUAGCACACCAGUCCGCUUACCACAGCGCAAUCAAACUUUUACGCCUGGCCAAUUAAAUUCGCAAUCGUCAUUGUACGCCGUACCAGAAGGCGGUCGGUCCAGUCAUAAACUAGAUCGUCUCAGCGCUUUGCGUAAUAAUUCAAAGAAUCGUCUCUCCCGUCGUUCGCCUUCCACCAGUAGUUUUCAAUACAUAAGCACGCCUUAUCACGGCAGCACACUCUCGUUUCAACCCAAAGAAUUUUCUUCACACCUCUCGCUUCGCUCGAUGGCAAGCAGCACAGGAGCAGCAGCUGGCGAAAGUCUAAUGGGCGAUGCCACUGGCGAUAAAAGUGAACAAAAACCGCCUACACGUUCCAAAUUUUUCGACCUUAGCCUAUUGAAGGACCCAACUUAUCUGGUUAUUUUAAUCUCGAAUUCAACAAAUGCCAUUGGUUACACCAACUUCAUUAUAUUACUGCCUGCUUAUGGUGUUGCUUUGGGUUUUAAUAAGUCACUAGCAGCUUACCUGAUUUCAAUUGUAUCGGCAACCGAUCUCAUUGGACGUAUUGGUGGAUCGGCACUUUCUGAUCUCGGUCUUAUACCAAAGGCUUGGUAUUUCGUUGGAGGUCUCGCCGUAUCUGGUUUGUCACUUGCUCUUCUGCCAUUCGCCACCAGUUAUAGAAUGCUGAGUUUUUGGUGUGCCGUUUUUGGGCUCGCAUCCGGUAUAUACGUUGGCAUUACCGCUGUUAUCAUGGCUGAUAUGUUGGGCGAGGAGCGUUUAACAUCAUCAUACGGUAUUAGCUUAUUUGUGAAUGGAAUAUUGCAACUAAUAGGACCACCACUAUGUGGCGCUUGGUUUGAGGCAGUAAGGGAUUAUAGUCCGCUGUUUCACACUUUGGGACUUACGUUAUUGGGUGGCGCCAGCCUUUGGAGUUUCAUGCCAUUUAUAAAUAGACAAAAAGCCAAAGAAGAGAAAAUGAAACAAGCACAAUGCGACAACGAAGCGCAUUAAACGUAUUUUUUUGUCAUAUACAGAACUGCGUUUUUUUCUACUAAAUGCAUUCUUAUUUACUUAAAUUUAAAAGUAAUAUUCGCGAAUAGUUAAUAAAGUCAUAUUUUGUAUACAAGAAA